AUGUUAAUCACUUGCUGGACAGCAUCUAUUUCUUUUUUUUUUUUUUUUCUCUCUCUCUCUCUCCACCUAACUCUGCUGUUAUUCAUCUCUAAGCAGUUCUUUCUUUCUUUUAAUGUCAUAAAAUUUGUCCGCGUCCGUGUUGUGGAUGAUGAGGAAUAUGAAAAGAAUGAGACCUUUUUCAUUUGGUUAGACGAACCUUACCUGGUGAAGAAACCGACUGAUACUGAUUCUACUCACUCAGGAAGCAGCUCUGGAAGUGUUGUGGAAGAAGAUGAUCCGGUCUUGGCUGAAUUGGGCAAACCUCGUCGUGGUGAAAACAUCAAGAUCACAGUCCACAUUAUUGAGAGUACAGAAUUCAAGAGUGUUGUAGACAAAUUGUUGAAGAAGGCUAACUUGUCUUUAGUUGUUGGCACUUCUUCUUGGAGGGAGCAGUUCAUUGAAGCCAUUACUGUAAAUGCAGGUCAGUGUACAAACACAUCAUUUCUCUCUCUCUCUCACCAAUUUUAUUUCUUUUUCUUUUCAUUUUUGUCCUUUUCUUUCUUUUUUUUUGUUCUUUUGUUUUCAAAUUUCUUUUUUGUUUUUUCAGAAGCAAAAGAUGAAGGCGGAGGGUCAGAGGAAAAAGCAUCAAAAGGUUUUGCUACCAUUUCUGAAGGGGACGAUGAUCAGGAAGAAGGUGAGGAAGAGAAGUUGCCCUCUUGCAUGGAUUACAUCAUGCACUUUGUCUGUCUUUUCUGGAAGGUCCUCUUUGCUUUUGUUCCACCAACAGAUUACUGGGGGGGAUGGGCUUGCUUUACAGUCAGUAUUAUUCUUAUUGGUGUGCUGACUGCUUUCAUUGGUGAUUUUGCCAGCCAUUUUGGUUGUACGAUAGGCCUUAAAGAUGCAGUUACUGCUGUCUCAUUUGUUGCCCUUGGUACGAGCGUGCCAGACACAUUUGCCAGCAAAGUUGCUGCCAUCAAUGACAAAUAUGCAGAUUCUUCCAUUGGUAAUGUAACCGGCAGCAACGCUGUCAACGUGUUCCUUGGAAUUGGUAUUGCAUGGAGUAUUGCUGCCAUCUACCAUGCAGCAAACGGCACAGUAUUUCGCGUCCAUCCGGGCACUCUGGCCUUCUCUGUCACAAUUUUCUGUGUGUUUGCCUUCUUCACAAUUAUUUUGUUGGUUAGCCGGCGACACCGUGCAGUUGGUGGUGAGCUGGGUGGCCCUCUAAAAAUUGAGUAUAAAAAUUCAAAACUUGGCAUUUUGCAAUCACUCUUCAUUUUCUUUCUUUUUAAUUUCAUUCUUCCUCUCUCUCACCAACAACCAUUAAUUUCUCGUCUUGACCAUUUCUUAACCACCCCACCCACCCCCCACCUGCCGCCACUCCUUUGGUUUGAUGAGCACAUGUCCAGGCCACUGCUAAUCAAACAUGAUGAAGUGGUCAAGCUGCCAAACUGUUUGUCAUUUGCUUUCUAG